AUGGAUUAUAUAGCUACUGCUAACGUUGGAAAUGAAACUGUAGAAUGCAUAAUUUCAGCAUCAUAUAACUACUCUGUAAUUUCUAUAGAUCUUCUUAAGAAGUUAAAUUUGGAAUAUAAAAAAUCAAAAGAUAAAAGUAUUUAUAUGGGUGGUGACGAGAAUAUACAUCCUUUAGGUGUUGCUAUUAUUCCAAUUCAGUUCAAGGAUAAAAAACACAAUGUUACAAUUGAUUCUGAAAUAUAUGUUUGCGGUAAUAAAAAUAUUUCAAAAAAUACUAUUCUUCUUGGUUAUGAUUGGCUUGUGGGAGGCUCUGUGAUGGAUGAAGGUCUUCAGAUAUAUUCGAUUAAAUUAGUUCAUGAAUUUGAAUGGGGUGGAGGAGUAGAAACAUAUCUUUCUAUUAGAGGCAUUGGAUCACAUUCUGAUGGAAAACUUUACAAAAAAUUAAAAACCUAUUCUGAUGAUUCAGAUGAUGAUUAUUCUGA